GAGUACUAAAAUUGUAUCAAGAUCGAAAAUUUAUCCAAGCUACUCUACUCUGUCUAACCAACAGCUGUAUAAAUGUUUAUUAUCUUUCUUCUUGUUUUAAAUCACAAGUUACCAUUUUUGCGUAUCAGCCUCCCCUAUUUCCCUUCCUCCCCUUGUUAACUCUCACACCCAAAUUCUCCCUCCACCCAAAAUCGACCGACCGACCGCCGCUGACGCCACCGCCGAACGCAGCCACCGCAGACCCAGUUCCUGCGGCAUGGCGAAAUCGGAGAGCCAGAAAUCCAAUUCAGGGAAUCUUCCUCCGACUUACGGAUCAAAUUCUUCCAAAAUUCACCCUGCGAACGACCCGGAGAUUCCACCUGAUGCCAAGUCAUACUCCUUGGAGAAAUUCCGACUCUACGAAACCCGUGCGAGGUAUUACUUGAUUGGAAGUGAUAGGAACAAGCAAUUCUUCCGAGUGUUGAAGAUUGACAGAAUGGAGCCUUCUGAUUUGAAUAUCAGUGAAGACCCUGUGGUUUAUCCACCACAGGAAGUCAAGAGCUUGCUCCAGCGGAUUGCUGAGGGCAAUCGUGCCACUGGAGGGUUAAAUUUUGUUGCCAAGGUAUAUGGAAUCGCUGGCUGCAUUAAAUUCCUGGAAUCAUACUAUCUGAUACUGGUGACAAAGCGACGACAAAUUGGUUCCAUAUGCGGUCAUGCUAUAUAUUGUAUAGAUGAGAGUCAAAUAAUUACCAUUCCGCAUGUCUCUGUUCAAACCGAUGUUGCUCAUUCUAAAAAUGAGCUUCGGUACAAGAAGCUUUUAUCAAGUGUUGAUUUGACAAAAGACUUCUUUUAUAGCUAUACAUAUCCAAUAAUGCAAAGUUUACAGAAAAAUGUGCUAUCAUCUGGUGAAGAGGGUAUGCCAUAUGAUAAUAUAUUUGUUUGGAAUGCUUUUCUAACGGAAGCAAUUCGAGCAACAUGCAAGGACACCAUUUGGACAGUAGCUCUGGUUCAUGGGAAUUUCAAACAGGUUAGGCUGUCUGUUUUUGGAAGAGAUUUUAGUGUUUCUUUGGUUUCAAGACGGUCUCGCCAUUUUGCUGGAACACGUUAUCUCAAACGUGGAGUUAAUGAUCAUGGAAGGGUAGCUAACGAUGUUGAAACAGAGCAGAUUGUUCUUGAUGAAGAAGCUGGGUCAUGCAAAGGAAAAAUGAGUUCUGUCGUGCAAAUGAGGGGUUCCAUUCCGCUUUUCUGGUCGCAGGAAGCCUCAAGAUUCAGUCCCAAACCUGAUAUUAUAUUGCAAAGGUAUGAUCCUACAUAUGAGGCCACCAAACUGCAUUUUGAAGAUCUGGAAAAAAGAUACGGAAACCCAAUCAUUGUUCUUAAUCUGAUUAAGACAGUUGAAAAAAGGCCACGGGAAAUGAUGUUGAGACGUGAAUUUGCUAAUGCUGUGGGGUAUCUAAACCAGAUCCUUCCAGAAGAAAAACAACUUAAAUUUAUCCAUUGGGACUUUCACAAGUUUGCAAAGAGUAAGUCAGCCAAUGUCUUGGCAGUUUUGGGUGGAGUUGCAACACAAGCACUUGAUUUAACUGGAUUUUAUUACAGUGGAAAACCUUCUGUUGUGAAAACAAGGGCUAUUCAACUUGCUCGAUCUAGCACAGGAAGGGAUUCUUCUCUAAGGGAUUUGAGAGCUAAUUCUGCAGAGCUUUCAAGAGUUAGUGGUUCCACUGAUACCUUGAUCAAGCAUGACAAGGAACCUGAAAGCAAUCAACUGAGUAAGAAAGAUAUCGGUAGAAACUCAGAACCUCAGUUUCAAAGUGGAGUUCUGCGGACCAACUGCAUCGACUGCUUGGAUAGAACAAAUGUUGCUCAAUAUGCAUAUGGUUUAGCAUCUCUAGGUCGCCAACUUCAUGUAUUGGGUUUGACAGACAAUCCAAAAGUGGAUGCUGACAGCAGCAUUGCUGCUGCUCUUAUGGAUAUGUACCAGAGCAUGGGUGAUGCCUUGGCACAGCAGUAUGGAGGUUCAGCAGCACAUAAUACUGUGUUCCCGGAGAGACAAGGAAAAUGGAAAGCCACAACACAGUCUAGGGAAUUCUUGAAGUCUAUAAAGAGAUAUUACAGCAAUGCUUAUACAGAUGGUGAAAAGCAAGAUGCAAUAAACUUAUUUUUGGGAUAUUUCCAACCCCAAGAAGGAAAACCUGCGCUGUGGGAUUUAGAUUCUGAUUAUUAUCUUCAUGUAUUAGGGAUUCCUUUGCUGUUAUUGAGUGACAGCCCUUCGGAUGAUUCUAAGCCUUCGGUAGCAGGAACUCCUUUGAAACCAAUUCCUGCUUGUCGGGAGGACUUCUUGCGUAUGAAGUUGACAUCUUUUGAUAAACUAAUAGAAAGAACAUGUAGUUUUAUAAAGAAUGUACGGCUUUGCAGCGAGCUCGAUCAAAAAACAGGAAACUUUGGUGUAGCACCUGAUGCAGCAGAAAUACAACUCAAGAGUCCUAAUUGGCUUUUUGGCCAAAGAAAGUAUGAGGAUGAUAAUUCCACGUCUAAGUUAACUUCCAAUGGGCUUGCAAAUGGGAAAGCUCAUGAUGAGAAAAAGAUUGAUGCCCUAUGCAACCACAAUUUGUUGUCUCCAAUGGUUGAGAGCAAUGAAGAAGACGUCUAUCAACAGUACCUGGCAAUGACAACUGUAGAUGAGGCUAACGGUUGGUAUGGGGGUACUUUGCUGGGUGAUCAAGAUGAAAACAGUGAGGUUUAUCAACAUUAUGCUGAACUUAUUCAGGGCCCUGCAAUGGAACCUUUUGAAAAUGAUCUUGAGAAAGAAAAAUAUUAUGCCGAUCUCUUAAGUCUGAACAUGGUUGACUGCAUGGACCACACCGCUAGCGAGGCAAGUAUGAUGGCUGCUCUAAGGGAGUAUGACCGUGUUGGUUUAGAUCUGGGGAUUUUCCCCAAGUCCUGCAGCGCUCGAGUUCUAGAUCCAAGCCAGCUAACACAAUGGAUCCUUGGAGAAAAUCAACUGCAAAAGCUUUAACCCUUGUGCUUGCAACUGUACAAAAUAUAUGUAUGUAAAGAGAUUUACUUAACACAAAUUUUUUACCCUCAAGUUGGGGGAAAUUUGUACCCUGCGUUGGUUUUAAACUUGUCAAAACUUGGAAGUGAUGAAGUGUAGCAGUAACAAUUUCUUGAGCACUGAUUACAAAUUUUUCUUUGAUAUGGUUGUAUAUAUGCUAUGUUGUUGUGUCCAUUUUUUUAUGGAAAUAAUGCUUGCUUC